CUAUAUAAACCAGCCAUGCCUUGCCUCUUCCACUCAUCCAGCAACUUAGCCAGUACUCCACUUCACACACAAGCAAAGCAGAAGCGAUCCAUCAACGGUUCAGGCAUGGGGGCUGCUCCGCGAGCACUUGCCCUCGCCGUCCUGCUGGCGAUCGCCGUGGCCAAUGCCGAGGCGGCGUCCGUCGUGGUCGGCUUGGCCAAGUGCGCCGACUGCACUAGGAAGAACAUGAAGGCCGAGGAAGCUUUCAAGGGUCUUCAGGUGGCGAUCAAGUGCAAGAACAGCAAGGGCGAGUACGAGAGCAAGGCGGUGGGCGGGCUCGACGGCACCGGCGCGUUCAGCGUGCCCCUGGCAUCAGACAACGCCGCCGCGGACUGCGUGGCGCAGCUCCACAGCGCCGCCUCCAACGCGCCGUGUCCCGGCCAGGAGCCUUCCAAGGUCGUGCCUGUGUCCAAGGGCACUUUCGGCAUCGUCACCGGCGCCGCCACCGCCAAGACUACCACGGCCAGCGACGCGGCACCGGAGUGCGCGUCGGCCACGCUGUGCGGGCCCAUCAAGAAGCACUUCCUGGACCAUUUCCACAAGAAGCCCGUGCCGCCGAAGCCGGAGCCUAAGCCGGAGCCCCACCCGGACUACCACCCCGUGCCCCCCACCACCCCGACCUACGGCGGCGGAGGCCACCCGACGCCCAUCUACCACCCUCCCGCACAGCACUAGAUGAGUUACCAAGUUGUGAUCACUCAUCAGUGAGUGAGUGAGUGAGUGAUCGACGUUGCUAUCAGACUGUCAGUUGGGUGCAUGGGUCGUCAACGUCAGCCUUGUUUUGGUAUCCGAAGAGAGUUCAGAAUAACAAUUGUGUGAGGAGGUAUGACUGUGUCAGGCAAGUGUGCCGGGUGUUUCUUUAUUAAGGUUUGUAAUGUCUGUGUGGUUUUCUGUACAAGGAGUUAUUAUCAUCUAUGGUAUUUAUUAUAUUGCCAUUGAGCCUCA